UCUGGGGUCAGUAGUUAUGACAUCGAUCUUAUAAUAGCCACACAUAAUCGGUUGCGAAACUCUAUUGCGAGCGGCAAUGAGACCAACAGAGGGUUCCCGUCGGCGGGCAAUAUGCUUGUGCUCGAGUGGGACGACGAGUUGGCGGCCGUAGCCCAGGCACACGCCUCCCAGUGCCUCUUUCAGCACGAUUGCUAUCAAUGCCGCAGAACUGAAAGAUACGCGACUGUGGGUCAGAAUAUAUUCCUAUACCGAACAUCACGUCUAUCGGUGCGAAACAGAUGGCAAUACGCUAUCCAGUUGUGGUACGACGAGCUCAGUAUAGCACCC